GACAGCAGGGAAUAGCUAUGGAUAGCAACAAUAGCAGCUACUAGAACUAGCUGGCAUCUGCCAUUCAAACAAUCCCGGUAGUGAGUCUGGGAGCCUGUGUGUGAUGUGCUGAAGAGCUGAAUGUCCUCUCCUGCUGGUGAAGAUGACACGGAGAUGACUCACCAGUGGCUUGGACAUCAGUGAUCUAAUGGAAGAUGAGGCCAGCUGAGCUUGUCAGACUUGCCAUUGCUUAUCAUUGUCACCAUAGGAGCAUUAACCAUACUAGCAUUGAGAACAAAUUGCAGUUUGAUUUGCACAUAACACCUUAAAAGCAGACUACAUAAUUUAUUAUCUAGUUUGUUUUGAAUGGCUGCCAGAUAACUAUUGCUGACAAUGUCGCUGGGUGAGCAGUCACAAAAGUGGUUUCCAACCCAUGUCCAAGCCACUGUACUUCAAGCAACAGGUUUACAGCCCAAGGGCAAAAAUGGCACCAAUGACGCCUACACUAUCAUCCAGCUGGGCAAAGAAAAGUACUCGACUUCAGUGGCAGAGAAGACGCUUACUCCUGUCUGGAGAGAAGAAGCCUCCUUUGAAUUACCUGGAUUACUUUUGGAGGGCAACCCAGAAGUGUAUGAGCUCUGCCUGAUCGUAAUGCACCGGUCCUUGGUUGGGAUGGACAAGUUCCUGGGUCAGACGUCCAUCAACCUGAAUGAAAUCUUCGAUAACAAGGAGAGAAAGAAAACAGAUUGGUAUUCCUUGGAGUCCAAACCUGGGAAGAAAAGGAAAGAGCGAGGCCGAAUCCAGGUCAGCAUCCAGUUCAUGAGGAACAACAUGACAGCCAGUAUGUUUGACCUCUCCAUGAAGGAGAAGCCCCGCUCCCCUUUCUCCAAACUAAAGGAAAAAAUGAAGGGUCGCAAACACGACAGUGGCUUUAGCGACACAUCUUCAGCCAUACUGCCUCGCUCUGCCGUGUGUGACUCUGAGCCUAACCGGCAGUCGUUUGAACCACAGCCUCAGCCUGAAGCCAAGGUCAAAAGGCCCCUGCUGGCUGGGACCCAUAAACUCUCUGCAGCCCAUUCCAUGUCGGAUCUCAUUGGGACCCACUUUCGGCCAAAACUGGACUCCAUGAACUCCAUUGAAGAGACUGUUAUCUCGAGUGGUCCUCACAGACGUUCCCAGAGCGAGGUGCCAGGCUACGAGGAUAGCGAGGGACACAGUGACCCUUUCACUGAUAUCAGUGACACCCUGCCACAGAAGUAUGCCACGCUCCCACGUAACCGCAAUCCAUUUGAGGGAGAGCAUGGGCAGCUGUGGGACCGGGCAGAGCGGAAGGAGAAAAAGGAGAAGGUCAGCCUACUGGAACGCGUGACCGGAAAGAAGGAAGGUCGCAGGGCGAACGGGGGGCGUUCGGGCAGCUCUGGAGAUCUGCGUUCCUCCAACCCCUUCAGUGCAGACUCACAAGGAGAAACCAACCCGUUCAGUUCAAACUUUAAACCCAGUAAUAAAAAGUCAAGAAAUGAAAACGUGACGUUUGGCCAGAAGAAGGACGUCAAUGGAAAGAAAAAUGAGGUGACCCAGGAAAGUGUAGCUGCCUAUAGUAACCUGACCUUUGAGGAAGUUGUCCAGGAACUCAUCAAGCAGAGGGAGGUGGUUAAAAAGAAAGACGCUCACAUCAGGGAGCUGGAAGACUACAUCGAUAACUUACUCGUGCGUGUCAUGGAGGAGACACCAAGUAUUCUACGAACACCCUAUGAGCCAAAAAAGAAGGCUGGUAAACUGGCACACAAAAAGUAAAAAGAAAGGAUGCAGAGUGAAGCUGUGGUGGAGGUUCAUGUGUCUUUGUCAUGUGUUUAAAAAGCUGGAAAAAUCUCCAAUCAAUCAAGCCAAAUUUUGUUAAUUUUUUCCUUUAGGAUGAUUUACAUUUAAUAUAUUUGAAUUUUAGGUACUUUUUCAUGGUUUUAAUUAUUUUAGUUGAUGUGAUUUUUGGGCUCUUUGCUUUGCAGGAAAUUCACUACAGUAUUUCUUUUUAAUAAUUAUUCUAGGAAAAACAUUGGGUGUCAUUUUAGGUACUAAGACAGGAUUAGAGAAGUCACUUCUCAUUUUGAGCAUAUUUGUGCCAACUUUAGGCUUAGCUAAAUUGUUUAACCUGUGACAGAAAAACGGCUUCUGCCAUCUGUUCAGAAGUUCUUCAGGUUCAAAUAAAACCAAAUUUACACACUUUAGUUGUGUUAGUUGAUAAAUAGUCAAGCAGUUAAUUAGAUGAAGCUGUUUUAAUGAUUCGAUACUUAACUUGUGACUAAAAAUAAAUGUCAAAGAAGCUACAGAUGUGAAUAAACUCCACAUUUGUAAAUAUUAAGGCCUUUGCACAUCAGACAUGUUUUUAUAUGCCAUUAAAAAGCAUGUUUUUGUUUUAACCUGUAUUCAGUCAUGCAAGCUUUCAGACCAGCAACGUAAAUCUAUGGAGCAAAAUUGUGACUUUUAUUUUUGGACCAUAGUUUACUGUUUUCCCCCAAAGUUUCAUUUCUGGCCAGAUCAAAUCAGUAAAUUUGAAAAUUCAUGGAUAAUAAUUAUUAUAAUAAUUAUUAUAUUUUAGCAUUAAAAAUAUAAUUUGGGUUAAAGAGUUUCUACAUAUUGGUGUAUUAACCAUUGCAGAAACAUAAAAAAUGAUUUUGGUAAUUACCAAUGCUGUUAAUUUAGGGCAGCUGUGGCGUAAACCUUACUUUGGGUGGUGGUCUAAUAAAUUUGUUAAGCACUGUAUUUCUACAUAAAUGCACAAACUAUAAAAUUUGAAAUCAUUUUAAAAUACUUGGAAUCUUGUGACCCCACUCUGUGUCUCAUGACCCCCCACGGUCCCGACCCACACUUUUGGAACCCCUACUAUAACCAGUAUGAGCCCUUAUUCUCUGCUGACCGACUCACUCCGGCUUUCACACUGAGGCUGAGUUUGCCGCUUGCUUCAUCUUCAUGCUGUCAGAGCCCUGUCAUUUUUCAGAAGCUUGACCUCAGUAAACUUAAUUCAGGGUUUAGAGGAAGCGUCAGGAAGUAUUCAGAAUAAAAGCAUUCUGGACAAAUGGAGGGAGUUUCUCCAAAGAAUGCUAAAUCGGGCUGGCUUUUACUUUGAAAAGCACAAACCAGAAGUGCACUCACAGUGUGUUUAUAUUUCCUGUGACAUAUUGUAUCGGUGUGGAAACAGAAAGCUUCACUAAUAGUAGAAGUUUAGAGAACAGCGUCAUCAAACAGGUGAAUUUAAGCUUCUAGUCUUCAUCUGGGUCAUUAAGAAACACACUGUGAACAUGUUCUACCAGUGUAUACGUGCAGAUGUGCUACAGGGCUAAUAUGGUUCUCCAUUUAUCAUUUUCCUCUCUGUUUUGGUCCAUAAUCACACACAUUCUCUAAAUUCUCCUUGCCUGAGCCAUGCAUAUCAGGUGUGUGGUCUGAUAGCCAUGACUUGUUUACAUGCAAACCAAAACGCAUGUCACGCUUCCAGUCUGAAACAAGCUGAAGGUUAAUUUACUUCCUGUUUGAAUGCAAACCUGCUUUUACAGGUAGACUGUAGAUUAUAACAUGAACUUAACCGCGGAAAAAGGAACUUUUCAUGGAUUGAAAAGAAAUGUGAACAGUAAAAAGGUAACAGUUUGCAGGUCAGAUGACUUUUGGUAUGUCCUUUGAGCUGUCUGAGUUUUUAAAGUGUAAACUGGACUAUAAAGAAUGUGAUUAAUUGCAACUUAAAAAAGAUGCACUAACUUUGGAUCUGAGUUAACCAUGAUUAGUGUGAUUAAUGUUGGCCGCCCUAUUAUUAUUAUUUAGUUCUUGAAAUGAAUUCAAAGUCCCUUCUCCCUUUGUCCCUUUGCUUAUUUAAAAUGAGAUGACAUGUAAAAAAAUCAUCCCUUCAAUAUAGCAACUGAUAUCAAAUUUGCAAUAUAAGUCAAAAAAAUCCCAAUUAGCUGUUUGUUUUAAAUUGUUUUGCCCAAGUAUACUCUAUAUAAUAUUGUGAAGGUUAGAAUAUAGAAAUGUAUUGCUUGCAUUUAUUGAAAAAUAUAUAAGAUGAGGAGUCUAAAAAUAAUUGGAUAUCAAAUCGCAAUAUUGGGUAAAAAAUUGCAAUUAGAUUAUUUUCACAAAUCUUUCAGCCCUACAUAGAAAUAAAAAAAUCACUGAUUGGGCCGCACAGACCAGGCAGAGAAAGCCAGGGCUGUUUCUUGCUAUAAGCGGACUGUGCAAAUGCAUAGGGCCCCACAAGCCAAUAGGAGGCCCCAAAGCUGAACGUUCAGCCUCAUCUGAGGAGAAUUAAGAUUUCCCACUUUAUCCCUGUAAAAGCCUAAAAAUACAGGAAGGAUAUCAGAAUAAAAUAAGCCUCAAUGAAAAGCUGUUGCCAGUGUUUUUGAGGCAAAAUUAAGUCAAAAUUGUUGAACUCCACUGCCACAUAGAGAGUGAGGUUCGCCACCAGGUAGGAUGGGAAUGACUGGGUCAUUCAUUUCUGGCCGAUCCAUUUCCUGUUUGAAAAAAAAAAAAAAAAAGAGCUGUUUUCUCUUUUUUUCAUUUUAGUCACAUCAAUAGUUUGUCAUAUGCCCUCAGCUAGCCUCGGAAGAAUGCUGAAUGUGAGUGACAUCAGUUAUGUUCUUGCUUUUAAAGUAAACAUUUUUAAAACACUUGAUAUUUGUUUUUACAGGAUUUUUGUUUUCAUCGUUAUUUUGCUUGAGUGGCUCAACUUCAGAUGUUUAAUUUUGAUAUGAAAGGUUAUCUUGCAUGACAAGCAUGCAUGCAUCAUUAGCAUGUUCAUAGGUCAUCUACUGGAUUAGGAAUCUCUCCAACGUACUUUUGCAAACUAGGGGCCCCCAAACAGCAUUUUGCAUAGGACCCCCACAAAGCUAGAAACAGCCACGAGAUAAAGUGACAGAACUUAUUUGUGUCGACUGUUUUAUUGAAUUUCAUUUUCUAGAGAACAGUGCACACAAAAAUUUUUUUGGAAAAUUGCGUUGUUCCUGAUGAGAAUGCCAAAAUUCCAGCCAGUUUGAUCACAAUUUUGUGCCCUUUAUUCAUGCCGCUCUUGGUGUGCAAAGGCCUUCAGCUUCAGUGAUCUUUAUUAGAACUCUUAAUCAGAAUUGAAGAGAGGUUCUAAAAGCAAGCAUUCCUUCAAUAAGUAUCUGAUGUUACAUUAUUUAUUUAUUUGUUUUCUAUUUUUAAGUUUCCAAGGCUUUUGCUGUCACUAACCUGAGGUUGAAAUUUUGUUACUGACUCUGAAGUGCAAUCAUAAUUGGUUCUUGUUUACAUUCUCUAACAUCUGUUAAUGUUGGUUUGAUUUAAAACGCUUUGAGUUUUUGUUACAUUCUUUAUCAUCAGCUUUUACAGUCUGAGGGUUGAACUGAACAGUCUCUAUUUGUCUAGCUUAUCAACACAUGGACAUGAGUUUUAUGUAUGAGUGGUUCUUUAUGGAGAAAACUACUGAAUUCCAUUAAUCCCAAACCUGUUCGCCUGUAUUCUGUCACAGAAAAAGCAUCUGUUAAGGCCUUACUGAAAUCUCAUUUCAUCACAAUCGCUGUUUACCACUGAAGGCUCAUCAAAAUGAAAUAUGUACUGUGCCUCGGUGUAUUUAAGCUAUUUUUAUUCUUUUUGUAUUGUAAUUCCAUCAUUCAUAUGAAGUGUAAUUGUUUUGGGUACUAAGGAGAAUAGUUUGCUUCUUAUAAAAGGUAAACAGCUACUAGGUAUGAUUGAGGUCACACACAGUUGUCAUGUCUGUCAUCUCACAUGUCCCUGUAUCUGUGACGCUAAUACCACAACAACAGAUGUUGUUUCCACAGGGCUUCUUAAUUUCACCUAUUUAUUUGUCUACUGAACAAGCGCUGGGCUGCUACAGUCAUAGCAGAUGGAUGCACUGCUGGUACUAAGAUGAAUAGAUGUUCUGUCUCCUACCUGUGAGCAGAAUCACCUGUUUCUGUUUAGGUUUACAUCCAUGUUUAUUAAGCAGCUUCAGUAUUACACGUUUGUAUUCAUGGUACAGCCCUUAAUUGCACACACUUUUAAUGGUCUUUAUCAUACGACAAUCAAUUUUGUCUUUUCUGUUUUUAUAUCUUGUCACUUUUUAAAGUCAAACUUUCAGACGUUUGAUUGUUACAUUGUAAAAUACUCAAACACAGCUGAGACAUAGUGCUACUGUAUUUAUGGAAUGUCAAGAACACUUCAUAUUUUAAUUUUUGUUAUGAUCCCACUGACUAACUGGUUUAGCAACGUUCUUGUUAUUUCUGCUGCUGUGAAAGUUGUUCUUUAGUUCUGAGGAAUGUGAUCUCUCUUGGACAUGAAGCCAAAAUCUCCUGAUACUGAAUGUACUCUGGUUGGCUUUGAAAUGUACAUUUCUGAAGCCUGUAAUGGCGUACAGUGCACUAACAAGGCCAUGGAACCUUGAUUGCCUUCAAAGUAUUUGAUGUUUCCAAAGAGAUCAGUAUGUCUGGGUGUCUUCUUUGCUCGUCCUUUCUAUUAGUCUUAAACACUUGGACAUUUUUGCCAUGGAUGUGUGCUGACAUCACACAGAUGGUGGGAUUUUCUCAUUGGAAGAAUGGUUUCUGACCUGCAUACAAGUGUAAAUCCAAAAAUGGCCAAAAAUCUCGGAGUAUUAUGAUACUUAUUUAAGGCUGGUGUUGAUGAGAUUUCCAUUUCAGAAAAUCUUCCACAGCUGCCUUCCUACGUAUGCUGAGGUGUAAACUGUCUCCUCGUGUUACAGGCUUGUCAAUAGCUUUAAUUAGUCUGUUUUGUUACUUAGCAGGAUGUUCAUGGACCUUAGGCUCUGAAUACUUCCACUGUACAUACUGUAAAGUCACUUUGUUAUAUUACUUCACCUUUUGACUUUUUGCACAUUUUCUGUGCUGUCAAAUGUUUGAAAUGUGCUUCCUGGGGAUUUCUGUCUGAGGUUCAGGCAAAGUAAGAGCUAAGGCGAAAUAAAUUUCAGAAUUGGUAAUAAAGUUUAAUUAUCAA